AUGAGUGAAGCAGGUCUCGUGUCGGCGCCCAGCGAGGACACCAACGCUACCAACCAAGUCAAGGCUGGCAGUCCGAAUGAUUUCCUAAAAAGCGUGAUUGGUAAAAAGGUCGUUGUGCGCCUCAACUCUGGCAUUGACUACCAUGGCACUCUCUCCUGUCUUGAUGGCUACAUGAACAUUGCUAUGGAGGAGACGACCGAACAUGUGGACGGCGUUCUGAAGAGUAGCUAUGGUGAUGCCUUUAUUCGCGGCAACAAUGUCCUAUACAUAACCGCACUGGAUGCCUAG